UGGGCAUCAAGCCAAGGUUUGGGGAUAUUUAUAACUUGAAGAGGGUGGGAGUCCCUAAUAAGCUGCUAUAUUCUUUUUCCAUCACUUCCCUCUCCAAGGCUACAGCAAGCUGGGAGCUCUUCCCCACACAGAAUCCCUGUUUUGCUUAGCCCUCGCCUUCCAUUGUCUAAUUCCUUCAUCCCCGCUAGGGAAAGGGAAGGCUACAAGUCCUUCCAUUUGGAGGAUUCUUAGUGAAUGCAGCAUAGCCAAUGCUGAUGUUUCUUGGCCAGCUGUUGUGGCCUCGGAGAUCUGUUUAUGAGAUUGUUGUUUCCUGGAGCUAUAGAACAGUCUCUGCAGUCUUGAAGCUUUGUGCUCAUCCUACAAUCAAACCCUGUCCUUUGCCUGUUAAUUCAUGGAUUCGGAUUUCUACUCGUGGCCCUGAGAUCUCUGGAAUCUGCUGGUGAUAUCUAGAACCUUUCUGAAUGGCAGGCCUCUUUAGAUCUCUGAGGAGCCAGCGACCACAGAACUGGAGGAGACGAACGCUUGAGCCCGAGAUGGCAGCCACCCUGCUCAUGUCUGGGACUCAGGCCCCUGUGACAUUUGAAGAUAUGGCCAUGUACCUCACUCGGGAAGAAUGGAGACCUCUGGAUCCUACACAGAGAGAUCUUUACAGGGAUGUGAUGCAGGAGAAUUAUGGAAAUGUUGUCUCACUGGAUUUCGAGAUCAGGAGCGAGAAUGAAGCCAACCCCAAACAGGAGUUUAGUGACGAUGUGGAAUUCGCGACCAUGUCGGAAUAGCCUCUUGAGAAUGCCGAGAAGAAUCCUGGAAGCGAAGAGGCCUUCGAAAGUGGGGACCGGGCAGAAAGGCCGUGGGGAGACCUGACAGCGGAGGAGUGGGUCAGCUACCCUCUCCAGCAAGUCACCGACCUGCUUGUCCACAAGGAAGCGCACACCGGCAUCCGCUACCACAUUUGUUCUCAGUGUGGGAAAGCCUUCAGUCAGAUUUCAGACCUCAAUCGCCACCAGAAGACGCACACGGGAGACAGGCCCUACAAGUGCUACGAGUGCGGGAAGGGCUUCAGCCGCAGCUCCCACCUCAUCCAGCACCAGCGGACGCACACGGGCGAGCGGCCCUACGACUGCAACGAGUGCGGGAAAAGCUUCGGCCGCAGCUCGCACCUCAUCCAGCACCAGACGAUCCACACGGGCGAGAAGCCUCACAAGUGCACCGAGUGCGGCAAGAGCUUCUGCCGCCUCUCCCACCUCAUCCAGCACCAGCGGACCCACAGCGGCGAGAAGCCGUACGAGUGCGAGGAGUGCGGCAAGAGCUUCAGCCGCAGCUCGCACCUCGCCCAGCAUCAGCGGACUCACACGGGCGAGAAGCCCUACGAGUGCCACGAGUGCGGGCGGGGCUUCAGCGAGCGCUCCGACCUCAUCAAGCACUACCGCGUGCACACCGGGGAGCGGCCCUACAAGUGCGACGAGUGCGGGAAGAACUUCAGCCAGAACUCGGACCUGGUGCGGCACCGCCGGGCGCACACCGGGGAGAAGCCCUACCACUGUAACGAGUGCGGGGAAAACUUCAGCCGCAUCUCCCACCUCGUCCAGCACCAGCGGACUCACACGGGCGAGAAGCCGUACGAGUGCACGGCCUGCGGGAAGAGCUUCAGCCGCAGCUCGCACCUCAUCACGCACCAGAAGAUCCACACCGGGGAGAAGCCCUACGAGUGUAACGAGUGCUGGCGAAGCUUUGGGGAAAGGUCCGACCUCAUCAAGCACCAGCGAACCCACACGGGAGAAAAGCCCUACGAAUGUGUGCAGUGCGGAAAGGGCUUUACGCAGAGCUCCAACCUCAUCACGCAUCAGAGAGUGCACACAGGAGAGAAGCCUUACGAAUGUACCGAGUGUGAUAAGAGUUUCAGCCGGAGCUCAGCGCUUAUUAAACACAAGAGAGUUCAUACCGACUAG